AUGUCCGGAAUAUGGAGUUUAACGACAUUGUGUAGAUGUUGUCACGCCGAUGGUACUUUCAAAUCGUUAGAUUCGCCUCACAAUGUAGAUAAUUCAGUUGAAAUUUAUACAGAAAUGUUAAAAAAUACAUUGGGCUUAUUCUUACAGUCGCCUGAAUUAGAAGUAAGCUACACAAUAUGUGAUGUAUGUAUUACACAGCUAAGAGAUGCAUACAAAUUUAAAAACCAAGUGCUACAAUGUGAAGAAAAAUUCAGAGAAUAUUGUAAUAAUGAAUUGUUACAACAUAUGGAAGUGAAAAUGGAAAAAGAAUCAGAUGCUGAAAUUAUUAUAAAACCAGAGGUUAAGAUAAAGGCUGAAGAUGUAAAUAAUGACAACGACGUAAAGAAAGAAAGUAUCGACACAGAAACUCUAGAUAUAACUUAUGAACCAGAAAAUCAAAGUGAUGAUGAAGUUGAUGCAACAGAUGAGAUACCACCAGUAGUCGAAAAUGAUCCAGAGCAAAAUAAUUCACAAGUAACUUAUUCAAAGUUGUACAGAAAAAUAAAAACGAAAAAUGGCUUCAAGUAUAGUUGCAUGAUGUUGACAGAUAUGGAGAAGCAUAUGAAGAGUCAUACUAAUAAGCGUUUUAAAUGCGAAUCUUGUUCUCGAUCGUACUCUGAGAGGAAUGCGUUACAUAGACACAUAAAGCAAGCCCACAGCGGAAUAAAUUAUCCCUGUGAUGUUUGUGGGAAAGUAUAUGUAAAAAAGGGUAGUUGGAAAGCUCAUACAGAGAGGGCGCACAAAAAUAAAGUUAAAAUGGAUGAAGAA